UUCGUUCCUCUUUUCAGUGUGGCCAGACACAUUGUGUAAAUCUCUUAUCUCCAGCUUUCACUAUUAUCUCUUUAAUUGGCGUAUUUAGGAUGAGUGGCCACGCUUAUUGGUGUUGCUGGAUCAGACGCAAUUUAAAGACAGUCUAGGGGAGAAACAAACCUAGGGAGCCAGAGAAGCAGAGCCCUUCCGCCACUCUCAAGCUCUGGAGGGGGUCUCUGCCCUCACCCUCAUCCCUCCCCAGAAUCCUUAAAUCCUCUAGGCUGAAGCUCUGAUUUUACAGCUGUCACAGACUCGUCCUAUUAGCCAGAGGUUGGCUCAGGUAAGCACCCCUGGGGAAGUAGCCAGAGUACGUUGGUCCAGGGGAAGAGGUGCCCAGAACUGUCGGGGAAAGGAGUGGGACCGGAGGGGUAGUGAGGACCAUCAAUAGGGGACCUUUUCAGGGAGAAUGAGAGCAACCCUCUGGAGGCCUGGGAGAGGCUGCUGAGUUGCCGGCGCGCGAGUCACCAAGUCACCAACUUUUCCUGCGUUCUCAGUGUCUGGCCAGAUUCCUGAAGUGGCAGCUGAGCACUGGGUGGCAGCUGCGUCCGCAGCCGCUCAAGGCGACUCCGUAACUUCCUUUCCCGCAGCCCAGGAGCAAAUGGGGCGGCUCCGGGUGCUGCUGCUGUGGCUAGCCUGGUGGCUGUCGCAGGCGGGCAAAGCCCACGGUGCGGGCUCGGUGCGCCUGGCGGGUGGCCUAACGCUAGGCGGCUUGUUCCCGGUGCACGCGCGGGGCGCCGCAGGGCGCGCGUGCGGGGCGCUGAAAAAGGAGCAGGGCGUGCACCGGCUGGAGGCGAUGCUCUACGCUCUGGACCGCGUCAACGCCGACCCGGAGCUGUUGCCUGGCGUGCGGCUGGGCGCGCGGCUGCUCGACACCUGCUCGCGGGACACCUACGCUCUGGAGCAGGCGCUGAGCUUCGUGCAGGCGCUCAUCCGAGGCCGCGGCGACGGCGAAGAGGCCAGCGUGCGCUGCCCUGGGGGCCUCCCCCCGCUGCGCGCCGCGCCUCCAGAGCGCGUGGUGGCGGUGGUGGGCGCAUCGGCUAGCUCCGUGUCCAUCAUGGUCGCCAACGUCUUGCGCCUGUUUGCGAUACCUCAGAUCAGCUAUGCCUCCACAGCCCCAGAGCUCAGUGACUCCACACGCUAUGACUUCUUCUCCCGAGUGGUGCCUCCUGACUCCUACCAGGCCCAGGCCAUGGUGGACAUUGUGCGGGCACUGGGAUGGAAUUAUGUGUCUACACUGGCCUCUGAGGGCAACUAUGGCGAGAGCGGGGUUGAGGCCUUUGUGCAGAUCUCCCGUGAGGCUGGAGGCGUCUGCAUUGCCCAAUCAAUAAAGAUUCCCAGGGAGCCAAAGCCAGGAGAAUUCCACAAAGUGAUCCGGAGGCUCAUGGAGACACCCAACGCCCGAGGCAUCAUCAUCUUUGCCAAUGAGGAUGACAUCAGCUCUGUUCCUAUUAGGAGGGUCUUGGAGGCAGCACGCCAGGCCAACCUGACUGGCCACUUCCUGUGGGUUGGCUCAGACAGCUGGGGAUCCAAGAUCUCUCCCAUCUUGAACCUAGAGGAAGAGGCUGUGGGGGCUAUUACCAUCUUGCCCAAAAGGGCUUCAAUCGAUGGAUUUGACCAAUACUUCAUGACUCGUUCCCUGGAGAACAACCGCAGAAACAUCUGGUUUGCCGAGUUCUGGGAAGAGAAUUUUAACUGCAAACUAAUCAGCUCAGGCGGCCAGUCAGAUGAUUCCACUCGGAAAUGUACAGGUGAGGAACGCAUCGGCCAGGACUCCACCUAUGAACAGGAGGGAAAGGUGCAGUUCGUGAUAGAUGCUGUGUAUGCCAUCGCUCACGCUCUGCACAGCAUGCACCAAGCACUCUGCCCAGGCCACACAGGUCUUUGCCCAGCCAUGGAGCCUACCGAUGGCCGGACACUGCUGCACUACAUCCGAGCAGUCCGCUUUAAUGGUAGCGCAGGAACCCCAGUGAUGUUCAAUGAGAAUGGAGAUGCCCCCGGGCGCUAUGACAUCUUCCAGUACCAGGCAACCAAUGGAAGUGCCAGCAGUGGCGGGUACCAGGCUGUGGGCCAAUGGGCAGAGGCCCUUAGACUGGAUAUGGAAGCUCUACAGUGGUCAGGGGACCCCCAUGAGGUGCCCUCUUCUCAAUGCAGCCUCCCCUGUGGGCCUGGUGAACGGAAAAAGAUGGUGAAGGGUGUCCCCUGCUGUUGGCACUGUGAAGCCUGCGACGGGUACCGCUUCCAGGUGGACGAGUUCACAUGUGAGGCCUGUCCAGGACACAUGAGACCCACACCCAACCACACUGGCUGUCGUCCCACACCCGUGGUGCGCCUGACUUGGUCCUCUCCAUGGGCUGCUCUGCCCCUCCUCCUGGCUGUCCUGGGCAUCAUGGCCACCACCACCAUUAUAGCCACCUUCAUGCGACACAAUGACACUCCCAUAGUCCGCGCCUCUGGCCGUGAGCUAAGCUAUGUGCUGCUCACUGGCAUCUUUCUGAUCUAUGCCAUCACCUUCCUCAUGGUAGCCGAGCCUUGUGCAGCUGUCUGUGCUUCCCGAAGACUCUUGCUUGGCUUGGGCACCACGCUCAGCUACUCAGCCCUGCUCACCAAGACCAACCGCAUCUACCGCAUCUUUGAGCAAGGGAAGCGCUCUGUCACACCGCCACCCUUCAUCAGCCCCACGUCUCAACUAGUCAUCACCUUUGGCCUUACCUCGCUGCAGGUGGUGGGAGUGAUAGCGUGGUUGGGGGCCCAGCCUCCACACAGCGUGAUUGACUACGAGGAGCAGAGGACGGUGGACCCUGAGCAGGCCAGGGGUGUGCUCAAGUGUGACAUGUCUGAUCUGUCCCUCAUUGGCUGCCUGGGCUACAGUCUCCUGCUCAUGGUCACGUGCACGGUGUACGCCAUCAAGGCCCGAGGUGUGCCUGAGACCUUCAAUGAAGCCAAGCCCAUUGGCUUCACCAUGUACACCACCUGUAUUAUCUGGCUGGCUUUUGUUCCCAUCUUCUUUGGCACCGCCCAGUCAGCUGAGAAGAUUUACAUCCAAACAACCACACUGACUGUAUCCCUGAGCCUGAGCGCCUCAGUGUCCCUCGGCAUGCUCUACGUGCCCAAAACCUACGUCAUCCUAUUCCAUCCAGAGCAGAACGUGCAGAAGCGCAAGCGCAGCCUCAAGAAGGCCUCCACGGUGGCGGCCCCACCCAAAAGCGAGAACACAGAUGAUGCCAAAUAGCAAGGUUGAGUGUGGGUGCCACAGGUUGCUCCCUGCCCUUCCUUUGCUUCUCCUGGCUUCAAAGUGAAUGCUGUGAAAGAUCCACAGAGACCAUCAGAGACCAGGAAUGUGUAAAGAUCAUGCCCAGCUUGGAUGGGCAUGCCUUCAGAAAGCUAAACCCUGAUCCAUGCUGGAAUUGUACUUUCCUGGGCAUGCCAACCUCAUCAUUCCGCCCUUCCUACCCACCGUAAGAAAUAAUUACUUCCAGGAUUCUUGCUGAAGACAGACAAAACUGACGUCUUCUGGUCGGGCAUUCAAAACCAUGGUGAAGCCAGGGCUUGCCCAGGUUUGAUAAGAUUUAUCUUGAUCCAACACCAUGACUCUAGGGGCUGGCCAGGGUGUCUGUCAGAAAGUGAAAGCCCCAAUAUGAAAUCCAGGAUUAAAGCUGAGGGGGUGCAGUUGCCACAGUGGGAAACUUGGGAGUAGAGGUCUGUAUUUGGGGAAAUAUCAUUUUCCUGAGCAGAGGCUGUACAAGGGCUCUGGAAACCGAGUGUAAACCUGCAUCAGAGAUUGGGGCAAUAAGGGAACUGGGGCAGGCGUCUAUGAGGUGGCUUCCCCUGUGGUCUUUUCCUCAGGGUCAUCCAAAAGACUUGGUAGGUUUUCUUUGCUGUAUAUGUUUCCAUAAAUUGCUCCAACCUGAAGAAAUGCCAAAACAUUAGUGUGGGUAAGGGAUGAUAACGUCUAGCUGGGCUUCGGUCCAUGAAUUGUCUUGUUUCUGCACUUAGGAGUCAUCAUCCAGGGUAAGGGUCUCACUAUGUAACUCUGGCUGUUCUGGAACUCACUAUGUAGAGCAGGCUGGCCAAGAAUUCACAGAGAUCUGUUGGCCUCUGUCUCCCAAGUGCUGGGAUCAAAGGUGUGUAUCACUAUACUCAGCUUAAUGUUUAAUUAUUAGGAUGAGAAUAAAAGCUCCCCCACAUAUACUCUUGGAGUACCCACCUAAACGGUGGGUGUGAGGCAUAUGGAGGAAGUUAUUGGAAUACCAUGCAUGGGCUUUAUUUUUUACUUUUUUUUUUUAAAAAAUAGAGCUGUUUUUUAGUUAGAAAAUUUUUCUUUCCUUGUUUUUCUUUUAAUGUAUUGACUUUAAUGCUUUAAUUUAUUGUGGAUUCUCCAGUAUUUAAGGUAGAGUUAAUUUUUGAAAGUGAGCUGCACUUUAAUGGACAGAUGCUCCUAGCUAUAACAAGUUUUGACCUUGAGAUAUAAUACUUUAUCAUUGUAAAGACAGCAGGCUUCUCUUUAGAAUAUUUGUGCUGUUUAGCCGGUCCUCACUUAAUGUGUUUCCAGUGUCCCAUAAUGCAAAGCACAGCUCAGGCAUUUACUGCUGAGUGCAUUCUGAUGCUCCUUGCUGAGGCUUCUGUACUAUUUGAAUCCUCAAACGUGUGAAAAGUGAGAAAGCAUUGUCUAUGCGACUGUUUUCGUGGUGUUUUUCUCCUCUGUGAUCUUUUCUAGAGUUGGUGAGCCACAGUCUGAAUAAAGGUUUUCUUGCACUUAC